CUAAAAUUUUCGUUAGUUUGUGUUGUUUGUGGUCGAGGUGAACGUAUUUCAUGCGCGUCUAAUUCUCUUAAUUAUUUUUGUGAAUGGAAAACCUAGAUCUGAAAUUUUACUGUAAUUUAUUUGUUUCUAAUGAAUAAGAAAAUAAAUAAUUAGAUGUUGGUUAUUUCGUUUAAUCACUAAAAAGCGGGGUAAACAUAUUCCACCAUCGGUUAGACUCCAUUGACAAUAUCCUUGUUUAUAAAUAUUGAUUUGUUGAAAAUCUCUUUUCCUACCUCUCUUUUGUCUUGAAUUGUGUAGUGCGAUGUAGUUAAGGGAAGGAAGUGUUAAAGAUAACAAUUACCUUUGUGAAAAUGCAACAGUUGUCCGAUUUUCGCGAUGACGAUUUUUAAUGUUCAGUGUUAUGUGCUUGUCUAGUGUUUCGUGUUUUCAGUGAUUUCAUGGUGAAAUUUUAAGCAUUUUGACAAUGGAGGGGACUACAGAGAAGGACUGUUCUCCCUUGUGGAGUCUUUACCAGCAAAUAGUGGCAGACAUGAAGAACAGCGCACCUAUGUGGGAGGAAUUUAUAUCGAAAGCUACGAAAUUACAUUCGGCAUUGAAGUCAGCCCUAGUAGCAGUUGCUGCAUUCCUUGAUGCAUUCCAGAAAAUUGCUGACGCAGCCACAAACGCUAGAGGGGCUACAAAAGAAAUUGGGACGGCGCUUACUAGAGUCUGCCUCAGGCAUCGCGCUAUAGAGACAAGGAUGAAAACUUUUAUAAGUACAUUAAUGGAGCGCCUAAUCACACCGCUGUCUGAGCGCGCCGACGAAUGGCGUCGUGGCUGCAACACGGGCGCGUUGGGACGCGAACACGCCCGCGAGUGUAAGCGGGCACGUGCGGAGUUGAGACGAAGGAUGCACGAAGCACAGAGACAGACAAGGAAGGCGAGACGUGCUACGCCCGAUAUGAAAAGAAGAAAUGACGUUUCUAUGCAGGAUAUCCAAGAAAGGCAAGAGCAGCUAGAGGAGAUGGAAGAGAAAGCUGUCAAAGCAGCGUUUAUAGAAGAGAGGAGCCGCUUCUGUCACUUCGUGUCGUUACUCAACCCUGUCGUGGAGACUGAAGUGGCAAUGCUAGCGGAAGUGGGUCAUUUACAAGAAGGAACAGAGCAGUUGGCGCGACACACUACGGAGCCCAGAAGUUUACCACCUGCUAGUUUACAGGUGAUUUGCGACGUUAAGUGCUGCUCAAGUGGAUGGGGCAGUGGCACCUGCCCAUCGCCCGUUGCCUCGAGAGUGGGCAGUCGCAAGUCGUCGUUGACAUCCAUCUGCUCGCUUAGCGUUUCCCACUCCGAACGACGCGAUUCGCAAAGCUGCUCGACGCCCGUGUCCAAUGCAUCAUCAGGGGAUACCACUCCAGCCCCACCUGACGACUCUCUGAAUGGUAUUACACAGUCCCCAUUCCGGAUGGCGAGCGUGUGCAGCUCGGAUUCCGGUUUCCGAUCACAAGACGCACUGCAGCGACCUUCGCUUUACGUUGAUAAUGGAUCUGACAACCAAAGUGUGAACAGUGAAUGCUUAGCUACAAAAACCAGUGAUGAUCAGACCGACGAUGGACACGAUAUUAUGAAUGCUGCAUCAGCGACUUGGCCAGACCUGAAAGAUACAGCGCAGUUCGAACGAGCUGCUUCAGCUAUAAUGGGUGGAAGACCUCAUACCAUAUCAGCUGGCUCGGAGCGCAUUCACGGACGUCCGGCAUUAAGCGUUCAUACGUUCACGCCCACGGACACGCCGAGGGACACGCCCAUUUACGCAAGACCGCCUUUGCCCACUAGAUGUUCAUCAUUGGAGAGACCGAUAGUACCGAGCAAGUCCAACUGUAUGCUCCAUAGCGAAAUGAAGCCAAAACCGUCUUCCUUGCCUCCACAUCUGACUAAAGAAAUGCCGCAAGCUCUGUACGUGAAUAUGUCAGAACUGGCAACAAUGGCGGCGUCGCGGGCGCAACAACACAACACAGAAUUUCCUCAACAAGAAAAGGUUUGUUCGGAAUCCAGUGCCAGUGAGUCAUCUCUGGAAUCGUCGAGUGGGUACGGGAGUCAAGGUGCCUUCGCGGCGGAAGAUCAUGCUCAUCACCAGCCAUCUCACCCUGAUGUUGCGUCGGAGAUAGUGACUUUGCGACGCGACGACAGCGUCGCGGCCGCUCGAGAGAGCUUCUCGAUAUCGCUGGGAAGUCUGGAAGAAGCGGUCAGGUCCUUGGAUGAAGCCACCGAAACGCCUACUUUUGCGACUAUAGGGAAGAAACCGGCCGUGCCUAAGCGUCGACCUGUUUCUAUGAAUGCCGCUCCAACGGUAUGGUCCCGCCGUGGCUCAUCAAGUUCCGUGGGCAAACCGCCUCCACCUGUCAGAAGAUCUUCAUCCAUCUCAAGACCUCAGAGACCUUACGUUCAGAAUGUUCAGAAUCAAGUGAGCUCUAACGACGCGGAUAACUUGCCUCCACCUCCGGCUUUCCUCUUGCAGCCUGAUCAUGACGCUAAUACAGCACAUGCAGGCAUAAAUGUUGCAGAAACAGUGAAACAGUUGACGGAAUUAAAACACAUGCCGGCUUCGCCUGGCCUUUUGCGACGUACAAUUAAUCAAAAUGUCCAAAACCAAAAUUACGAUAGCCAACUAAGCACGUUCCAUCAAGCGAAGAACAAUCUCAGUGGGAAUUUGAACCCUAUUUACGGGCAGACAGGGCACAGAAUUGUGGAGUUCGAGAAUUCUGUGUACGCCAGGAAGAAUAGCUUGAAUAGCUCGCAUUCGGAUUUAUUUAGGGAUGGACAUACGGGUAAUAUCUACGGUGAAAUCAAAGAAUCUCAAGCCUCAACUCCGUCGACGCCCAGCGUCGGAGAGAACUCCUUCACCAGCUUUGGGCCCAGGGUUCAUAACGACUCGCAUUAUGGUCAGACAGGUUUCAAGUUGAAGCAAGAAACUCGUUUUGGCGGCAUUUACGCGCAGCCCGGGUCUACUCGCUCACACAGCGCAGACAGACACGCCGCUACGAGCGGUUUAAUCGCGAGUCUAAGCGCCAAGCUGGGACCGCAGCUGUCGCCUCGGACAGGACGAAGAACAAUUUCCACCAUCACACAGGCGGACGGACAUAAACCAAAAACGGUCCCGGCAGUGAUCCAGCCGGCUUUCCUGGACAAGUUGUCGGCCACGAUACAAAAUCAACGACGUCAGUUAUCCACAACCAGAGCCAGCACCGUCAGGGAUCUCAUCAAUACGCACGCGCAGCCGGACCCGCGCGUCUGUCACACGUCUCUGAUGGAGCAAAUAAAACGCGGUGCAACACUACGUAGGAACAAACUUUGCAACGAUCGCUCAGCGCCUAAGAUACGUUAAUAUCGAUAUAUCACAUCACUAUUUACAGGUUUUAUUCUCAGCAAAAUGUGUAAAAAUAUUUGUUUUUAUUUUGUAGAACAAAGCUUGAUUAUACAUUUAACAAUUCUAUCCAAACUUUGAUAACGAUUCGUUGAUGUAACGAUUCGUAAUUUAUUCCUGGAAUUUAUUAUACAAUAUAAUCGAUUUAGCGAAUCCAAAGACAAGCAUAAACAUAGAGUUGAGACCUGUCAAUUGUCAAUGGUUUGACAGAUCGAUUUUUACGAACACCGCGAGCGUUCUAAUUGUAUAUUGUAUCAGAUACGCCAAACUUGUAUUUAUUAUGUCUAAAUGUGUUUACGAUCAAUUGUCUCUUUCUAAUUGAAUAGUAAAGAAUGAGAUAGCAUUAUGUUAAUAUAAUUAAACUAAGUUAAAAUAGUAUUGGUGUUUUGAACUUUGUAAACUGAAAAUAACGGUUUAAACCAUUAUUUCGCAUAUAAUCUCAUUUAUUAAUUGGUUAAAAUUUAAUGAAGUAUUGAAAAUGGAUCCGAGUUAUUAUUGACAAUAUAAUUAAUUCAAGUUUGACAGUUAUUAAAACUUGAAUGACACGAAAACAUUCAUAAACAAUCGCACGUUGACAAUAUGUAUUAAUAACUUUUACAUUCUUGUAUAUUAAAACGUCUAUUUACAUAUCUGUGUCUAUAUCAUAUCUAUAGAGAGCGUCCUUUAAUAUAAGAUUUCCUAUCGACUGCUUUAAAACCAGUAUUCUUAACACAAAAAUUUUGAUACCUUUGUCGUUUCAAUAUUAUAUUUACUAACGUGUUCUAGCUUUUUUAUAUUAAGAACGCCUGAAAAGUCGCAAUUACGACUCGUAUUUUGAAUCUAGAAACUUUUUGGCCGAUUUAUUAACAUCACGUACACACGAACAGCUCGAACAUUGAAAGCGUGUUGACGUGUGUACCAAGCGUAUACUCUAAUUUCUAAUACAACUUUACUGUUACUAUUCGAAUACGUUUACUAUACGUUUCACGUUUUUGUGCUAAGAAUGCGGGUAUCAAAACAAUUGUAUAGCUUUUGUAAAAAUAUUGUCGGUGUUUCGAAAAUUUUUCAAAUUUCUAAAAAGUUUGUACUUACUCAAAUUAAAUGUCCAUAAAAUUUUCCCAGUAAAAUCUGGUCUUAGGUAUAACGUCUAGACUCAAGUUUCAAGAGUUGUCAUACAUUUGACAAUUCUCAAAGUAACUUAAUACGACGAAUUGGAGUAAUGUCAAAACCAGAUUUUUGAUAUGGGUUUAAAAAAUUAUGUACCAGGCGUGCAUAGCUUAAACCAUAAAUUUCAACGUUAGACUAAUAAAACUGUCCAUUAAUGUAAUCUUUGUACGAUGUUAUUUCGAAUUGAUACUAAAUUUCGUCUAAAUUGUAUAAUUAUUAUAAAAAUUGUGUCAAAAUAAUUUUAUAUGUAGAAUGUUCAUAUCAAAUUUAUUUAUAUCGUGUCCAGUCGAAACGUUUAACCCAAAUAUUUACUUUUGUUAACAUGUGAUUUCUCAAUAAAUACAAAUUAACGGAUUUUAAUGCGUGAAAACAAUAAUUUAAUCACGACUUAACAAAAGGUUUCCAUAUACCCUCCUUUUCAUAAAAAAACUAAAUCAGUUACUAAUUUAACGAAAGUGAUUUCUUUCAUCACAAAUCUCAAUUGGAGAGAAAGAAACAAAUUAUUUUAAUCAGUUAAGUACUAUUUAUUUUUUAUGAAUAAGAGGGUAGUCGAUCUAUUUGUUCUGUCUUAAUCAACGAUAUUUUAUUUCCAAUUUAACUAAUUAAAUGAAUAUUAGAUAAAACAAUUAUAGAAUGCUAAUUUAUUUAUUAUUUUUUUACGCGAAUAGUUUAGUAAUAGACAACGUUCCUUUACAGCUAUGGCUUCACUGGUGACUUGGUCAAAUUUAAGUUAGAUUAUAGUAACUGGAAUGCUUUUCGUUUAUAUAUAAAUCUAUUCAUAAAGCGAUAUUCAGAAAAUUCGUAUACUACUUACUUUUGCGUUUCUUAAGGUAGUUUUUGCUGUGCACCACUACUAUGUGGAACCAGCCGCCCACUGAUAUAUUUCCAAAUCAAUUCCACUUAGGGUCCUUCAAGAAAUAGCGUACCAGCUCUUAAAAGGCCGGCAACGCACUUGCGAGCCCUUUGGCAAUGUGAGUGUCCAUGGGCAUUGGUCCAUCACUUAACAUCAGGUGAGCCUCUUGCCUAUUUGCCUCCUAUUACAUUAAAAACUCAAAACUGAUUCCAAUGUUUUAACAAAAGUACUUUUUAUUUCCGUUAAAUGGUAUUUACGCUAUGGUGAGUGUUUUUGGAAAUUGGAGUGAUACUAAAUACCAAUGUUUUGUCUCCUUCUGCAAGUAAGUGCGAUUUAAAUAAUAGUGGCUCUGUACAUUGUUGAAGAUCAUAUUCAUUAAGACAAGAUUCAGAGACAAGUCUAAGCCUUAUAUAAAAUGUCUUAAUUCAAACUUUCUUUUGUCAAAAUAUCUUAUUUAAUAUUUUCAGUUAUAUUGUCAGAUAUAAUAUAGAGAGUGGUUUGAUACCACCUGCAAUACUUGUCUUUGAAUAUCAAACUAGCAAUGCAACACUUUCAAAUGUCCAACGAUAGAUGAAAGCGUGAAUAUUUGAAAUUGUCUCUGAAUCUGUUUAAUUAUUUUAUAUGAAUCAAGAUUAAGUUAUAGAACAAGAUCCAAGUGAAGUCGUCGCCUAACGCAUGUUUAUAUGUACCCGUGUAAGUGUAUUUAUAACAUAUCUUUGUAAAUCUACGGUGAAUGCUUUGGUAGGUUUAGGACAGGUUAGAUUAGAUUGAUUGCGCAUGUAACUGACAGAUUGAAAUAAAUAAUGUCUCUAAA